ACUUUGAAUUGAUGUUGUUGUUAAGACGAUAUCUCCGUUUUAUUUCAGAAUCGAUUAGUCAGGCCAGCUGUCAUUCAGUUCGAUGUAAUGCUCCCGAGGUCCCCCAAAAUAAUGUGUAUAUACAUUACCAGAACUAUUGUUAAAACGGUCACCCCGGGUUUACAGUCCAUUGUUGCAAUUCACAAUGACUAAGCACUGGCUUUCACAUAUCAUAUGAAUGUCCCUCCCAUUUUUUAAACAGCUAACCGGGUUCGCCGGUGUGCGCGCUUCCAGGUCAUGGCAAGAAUAAUACGGUUUGCUUUUACUCAGGCGACGCUUUGUACAUUCCAGCGCUCGCUGUCACCCCCCAGCAAAGUUCUCAUCCUCUGUAGGACGAUGGCAUCAGACUCUGUGACCCGGUUCGAUUUUUUGGUAGUUGGCGGUGGAUCAGGUGGAUUAGCCGGUGCGCGGAGAGCGGCCGAACUAGGAGCCUCGGCUGCCGUGAUCGAAAAUCACAAACUCGGAGGUACCUGCGUCAAUGUUGGCUGUGUUCCUAAAAAGGUCAUGUGGAACACCGCUGUCCACGCCGAGUACCUGCACGACCAGGCUGACUACGGUUUCCAGGGCGGGAGUGCACAGUUCAGAUGGCAAUAUAUUAAGAAUAAAAGGGAUGCAUACAUCAGCCGCUUGAAUGAGAUUUACCAGAAUAAUCUCGAUAAGGCGAAGAUUAAGACGAUUCACGGCCAAGCGGUCUUCACAGAGGACCCCGAACCCACCGUGGAGGUGAAUGGCAAGAAGUACACGGCGCCACACAUCCUCAUCGCCACCGGGGGGCGCCCCUCUGUGCUCAGCGAUAAAGACGUGCCGGGAGCAAGCCUUGGCAUCACCAGUGAUGGGUUUUUUGAACUUGAAUCCCUGCCAAAGCGCAGUGUCAUCGUGGGGGCGGGGUAUAUUGCCGUGGAGAUGGCCGGCAUUCUGUCCGCACUCGGAUCGACAACCUCCAUCAUAAUGCGACAGAGCAUGGUGUUGAGGAACUUUGACUCCUUGAUAAGUUCCAACUGCACUAAAGAAUUACAAGACGCCGGCAUAGAGUUAUGGAAGAACACGCAGGUGAAGUCUGUUCGCAAGACAGAAAAGGGGCUGGAGGUGACACUGGUCAGCAAAGACCCAGAAAAUAAGGAGGAGGAGGGGAAGCUAAGCACCAUCCAGGAGGUGGACUGCCUACUGUGGGCCAUUGGCCGUGAACCCAACACCAUUGAUCUCAACCUCAAGAACAUGGGCGUGAAGCAGGAUGAGAAGGGCCACAUCGUGGUGGAUGAGUUCCAAAACACCACCCGCCCGGGCAUCUACGCCGUGGGGGACGUAUGCGGGAGGGCCCUUCUCACUCCAGUUGCCAUCGCUGCAGGCAGGAAGCUGGCACACAGGCUGUUCGAGGGCAAAGCCGACUCCAAGGUGGACUACACCAAUAUCCCUACCGUGGUGUUCAGCCACCCACCCAUCGGCACUGUGGGGCUCACAGAAGAGGAGGCCAUCAAGCAGCAAGGGAAGGAGAACGUGAAGACAUACACCACCUCCUUCACCCCCAUGUACCACGCCAUCACCAGCCGGAAGACCCAGUGUGUCAUGAAGCUGGUGUGCGUGGGCAAAGAGGAGAAGGUUGUGGGGCUCCACAUGCAGGGCCUCGGCUGUGACGAGAUGUUGCAGGGCUUCGCUGUGGCCAUCAAGAUGGGGGCGACCAAGGCCAACUUUGACAACACCAUCGCUAUUCACCCAACCUCCUCGGAAGAGCUGGUCACCAUGCGCUAGACGCCCCUGGCCUUGCCCCCCCUCCCUCCCCCAUUCCAGCUGCGGGAGGAAGGGGGGGGCACAAACAUGACAGCAUAUACCCCCCCCAUAUAUAUCUCCCAGCAACAGCACUGUCUGAGAAGCCUCACCUGCUCCACACCGCUUAUGUAAUUCACAUUCAAUAAACGUGCAGCUUUUCUUAA